AUGUCCAUGAAGCACUCAGGCACCAGUCACAGCGCCGAGGUUCAUGAAGAACAUCCAUCUCAGUAUAUGGAAAAGGAAGAAGACACUCCUAAGACGGAUGGAUUCUUUUCUCGGCUGUGGGCACUGGUAAUGCGCGGUGACACAGAGACGGCCAAAAUGGAACAGCUAAAGAAGGAAUUGGAGCAACAGAAAUGGAAAGACCCCGCCCCUUUCAAAUACAACCCUGGCGAGCUAUGCUCGCUUAUUGACCCCGAAGACUUCAAUAAGCUUGAGGGUAUGGGUGGUAUUGAUGGUUUGAUGCACGGUAUUGGAACUAGCACGGAAACGGGUAUUCAUUUCAAAGACCACACUUUGGAAAAGACGAUGAAAUAUGCAGGUACCAUUGAGCAGCGGACCAAUGUUUUUGGCACGAACGUUCUACCUGCACGCAAAUCCAAGGGCCUUCUUCUUCUCAUGUGGCUGGCUUUGCAAGACAAAAUGCUUAUUUUGCUGAUUAUUGCAUCCAUUGUAUCUCUGGCUCUGGGUUUGUACACGGACUUUUCCCCGCCCCCUGAAUUUGUGCCAUGUUUGGAUCCCCCACCCGGCCAAACGGAAUGCAAGGCGCCUGCUGUAGAUUGGGUGGAAGGUGUUGCCAUUUUGGUCGCCGUGAUUGUGGUAGACCUUGUUGGCUCAAUUAACGACUGGCAGAAAGAAAAGCAAUUCCGUGUAUUGGACGCAAAGAAGGAGGCUCGCAACGUCACGGUGCUGCGUGAUGGGAAGAAAGCCCAAGUGGACGUGCAUGAUGUCGUUGUAGGUGACAUUGUCACCGUGGAACCUGGUGAAGUGAUUGCUUUUGAUGGUGUGGUCCUUCGAUCGCAUAACAUCAAAUGCGAUGAAUCCAGUGUUACAGGUGAAUCCGAUAUGAUCCAGAAAGUUACGUACGACGAAUAUCUCCGGGAGCGCGAAAGUGGAUCUGUCAAGCACAAGAGUGUGUUUAUGAUUUCUGGCUCGAAGGUCCUGGAGGGCGUGGGUGAUUUUGUUGUCACAGCCGUUGGUCCUUUCAGCAUGCAUGGAAAAUUAAUGCUCUCGCUUCGGCAGGAGCCAGAGAACACUCCACUGCAGGAGAAACUCAACUAUCUGGCCGAACUGAUUGCUAAGCUUGGUACAACAGCUGGUGGCUUGCUUUUCCUUGCGCUGAUGAUCCGUUUCUUUGUAAACUAUGGUUACGAUCCGAACCCCGAUGGUCGUGAAUAUGGUGAAACUUUCAUGAACGUACUGAUUAUCGCUGUCACGGUGAUUGUCGUUGCUGUACCUGAAGGUCUUCCCUUGGCUGUGACCCUGGCCUUGGCGUUUGCUACCCGACGUAUGUCUAACCAGAACUUGCUUGUCCGAGUCUUGGGUGCCUGUGAAACCAUGGCCAAUGCUACUUGUAUUUGUACGGAUAAAACGGGUACUUUGACACAGAAUAAUAUGAGCGUAGUGGCUGGCUGUAUCGGUGAUGAUCUUCUGUUCCUUGACUCUAUCAAAACAGAGAUCGCAAAUGCUGAGAAGGAUCAAAGGGCCAUAUCGUUAGAUGAGCUUACAGAUCGUCUACCCUCGCCACUCCGUACAUUGCUUGUGGAACAAAUCUGUAUCAACUCCACGGCCUUUAUUCCUGCGGAAGUGGACGAGAGCGAACAGGUUGUGACAGCCACAAAGAAGAUCCCUUGGUGGGGUAAGCUCAUGACUUUGCACCGCUCUAAGAAGGAAUCCGUGCUGGAGAAAGCAUCAAAAGGAGAGAUCUUCAUUGGAUCGAAAACGGAAUCGGCCCUUCUUAGCUUAGUGCGACGUCUGGACUGGGCACAGUAUGAUCAAGUUCGUACGUCUGCGAGUGUGGUUCAAGUGAUCCCUUUUAGCUCCAAGAGGAAGGCGAUGGGCGUUGUUAUUAAGAAUGACGACGGAUAUCGCCUCUACAUCAAAGGUGCUAGCGAGAUCAUGGUAGGCCUUUCGACGGGAGUUAUAUUGGUUCAAGAGAGUACAGCAGGCCGUAUUCAAAUCAAGUCAAUCGAUGAAGCUACACGUACGGAACUUGGUCGCAUCAUUGAAAACUAUGCUUCCCAAUCUCUGCGUACCAUGGGUCUUUGCUACCGAGACUUUGACGUAUGGCCGCCCCCAGGUGCUAGCGUUGAUGAUGCCGGUGAAGUGCAGUUUGAGGACCUGGCCAAGGAUCUUACGGUGAUUAGCAUCAUGGCUAUUGAAGAUCCCUUGCGUUAUGGUGUACCUGAUGCUGUCAGUGCAUGUGGACGUGCAGGUGUCACGGUUAAGAUGUGUACUGGUGACAACAUCCUAACGGCUAGCUCUAUCGGCAAGCAAUGUGGCCUUUAUACAGCGGGAGGUGUUGCGAUUGAAGGCCCAGUAUUCCGUCAACUAAGCCGCAACGAUCUUAUGGAAUUGGCGCCACACCUCCAUAUUCUGGCACGCUCCAGUCCCGAAGACAAGAAGACGCUCAUUGACACGCUGAAAUCUAUGGGAGAAGUGGUGGGUGUGACUGGGGAUGGUACAAACGAUGGACCAGCACUCAAGUCAGCCAACGUUGGAUUCUCGAUGGGUAUUGCAGGCUCUGAGGUGGCCAAGGAGGCAAGCGAUAUUAUUUUGCUGGACGACAAUUUCUCCAGUAUUGUUAGUGCGAUCAAAUGGGGUCGCUGCGUUAACGAUGCUGUGCGCAAGUUUUUGCAAUUCCAGCUGACUGUCAACGUGGUAGCUGUGGUUGUAACGUUCGUCUCGGCCGUGUCAACCUCCGAUGAAAGCUCAGUAUUGACGGCUGUCCAACUGCUUUGGCUGAAUUUGAUCAUGGAUACGCUAGCAGCGCUUGCACUCGCCACGGACCCCGCUGAUCCUAAGUCAUUGAACCGCAAGCCGAGUCGGGUCACAGCCCCACUUAUCUCGGCAGAUAUGUGGAAGCAGAUCGCCGUUCAAUCAGCGUAUCAGAUCAUUUUGAUCUUUGUCCUUUACUAUCGUGGCAUGGAUAUUCUUAAUCUGAACAGCGAUGUGGAAGCUGUUCAGUUAUACAACAAAAUGGAGCUAAAGUCUUUAAUUUUCAACAUAUUUGUAUGGUGUCAGCUGUUCAACCAAGUGAAUGCUCGUCGCCUGGAUCGCCACCUGAAUAUCUUUGAUGGUAUCCACCGAAAUAUUUGGUUCCUUCUUAUUCUACUCGUGGAAGUUGGCUGCCAAGUAUUGAUUAUCUUCAAGGGUGACUCUGUCUUCAGUGUCAAGCCGCUGAAUGGCCGUGAUUGGGGUAUCUCAUUGGUGGCCGGCUUUGUCUCAUGGCCCCUGGGUGCACUUACGCGCAUGUGCCCAACGGCGCCUCUCGAGCGUCUGCUUAUUAAACUCAAACUAAUGAAGGAUCCUAAUGCAUUGCCUGUGGCCGUGCCUAACGAGGACUCUGAUACUGUGUCAUUGUCGAACUGGAAUGAGCCGGCCAUUGGACAAAUUGCUAAGCAAAUUGGUGCUUUUUCCAACAUUCGCGGUGGCCGAUUGCGCGCUAGCAACCUGGUACUCAAGAACAACGCAAAGUUGAUGCGUGAAAAUAAUAUUCAUCCUCACGCAAUUAUGGCUAUGGUGCCCGCAAUUAUCGGUACAAGUGUUGGUGGCAUGUGGAAAAUGGGUCAGGACGAAAACAGUAACUCUGUCAAGCCGCAGGUUAAAGUACCAGCAAGCACUUUGUUCCGACAAGGCAAGAUUCAAUUCCAUCCUGACACACCCACCGAUCAUCCUUACCUUCUCACAUUACAAGGCCAAACCUAA